AGAUUGUUAUUUAGUGCCGACUGAGCUUAGAAUGAUCUCAUGAGGUUCGAACGAAAGAUUUUGGGCAAGUAACUCUGGAAAGAGUCAUAAACAAAAGAGGAAGCUUACAGUCUUAUGCAGACAGAGGCAGAGGGACUUCUAGGAAAGACAGAGCUCAGUAAUCCUCGAGAAUGAGAGUUCGUCGCAGGAGGAACAGCAAUCUGGAUAGUAACACACCGACCUCCCUGGGUAGUCUGCCUUCGGGAAACUUUGGGCCCAAAGACAAUCUACAGGCUUAUAAGAGUGGCCAGGGGGACACGGAAGAGUGCCUAAAGCUUUCGUGGUAUCACAUUCCUGUACAAAGCUGUUGGCUGGUUGAUGUCAGAGCAGUGGGUUUACUGUUGGCAGGGAUUAUUGGGCUGUUUCAUGCAUGGUGUGUUUAUUCCAUACAUGAGAAUCUGCUGUGGUUUUCACACCUAAAGGAAGUCGAACGUGAAAUCUCUUUCCGGACAGAAUGUGGCCUUUAUUACUCUUACUACAAACAGAUGUUGAAGGCCCCUUCUAUACAGCAAGGUCUUUAUGAGCUUAUUCAUGACAACACUACUGAGUCCAGGAGGACAAUAAACAUCCUGCAGCGUAUGAAUAUCUACCAAGAAGUGUUCCUUAGUAUUUUAUACAGAAUACUGCCUAUCCAGGCCUACUUGGAGCCAAUUUAUUUCUACAUCUACACAGUGUUUGCUUUGCAGACGGUGUAUGUCAUAGCUCUCUUUAUCACUAGCUGGUUACUCAGUAAUUCCUGGCUGGCCGGAGCUCUCGCAGGAGUGUGGUACAUUCUCAACAGAGUAGACACCACACGUGUUGAGUUUACCAUCUCUCUGAGGGAGAACUGGUCUAUACCUUUCUUUGCUCUUCAGGUAGCAGCUAUAACCUGCUACUUAAGGCCACAACUAAAGCCUAUUCACAAGAGGGUGGUGCUGUGGCUGGUGUUCGUGGCAACCUUCUGCUUCUGUUUAACAUGGCAGUUCAAUCAGUUUGUCCUGUUGGUUCAAGCCCUUAUAAUCUUUACUCUGGACUGCUUGGAUUUCUUCACAGCGGAGCAGGUGGUGUCUUUGUACCUGAUCCAGGUGCUGAGUCUGUUAUUAGUUUGGUUACUGCAGUUCUGUAAUUCAAUGAUUCUGGGCUCUCUGGUCCUCAGCUUCAUUGUGUCUGCUCUCUUUAUCAGACACUUCCAGACUGGGCUUAAAACGGGUGGCUUUGUUAGACGAAUAGGGAAACUUUGUCUUCACACACUCCUGGUCCUCGCAUUAACUUUCAUUAUCAAUUAUUCAGCCAAGAGAAUACUUCAGCUGAAAUCGGACGAGCACAUCUUUAAGUUCAUAAAGGUCAAGCUUGGCUUUGGCGCUACGAGAGACUUUGAUGCCAGUCUCUAUCUGUGUGAAGAGGCCUUUGGCUUGUUGCCAUUGGAUACAUUCGAGCGCUUGGCUGGCACGGUAUUGCUGUAUCCGUAUCUCUGCACCCUCACUGCUCUCUUCAUUCUCUUUCUGCUGGUGGCUCUUUCUAAUCUCAGCUCGAGUGGUUCGGGCCCAACAAGCAGGGAAAAAGAGGAAAGGACCUUUAGGAUGAGCCCAGACGUCGCUUACAAUUUAUUGCACACCCUCUUCUUUGGCCUGCUCGCCUUUUCGACUAUGAGGAUGAAAUAUUUGUGGACUGGCCAUAUGUGUGCAUUCGCUGCCUUUGGGGUAUGUGGUAAGGAGGUCUGGACGUUGUAUCUGAAAGUCCUUCAUUGCAACACGAAAAACACGAUGAGACUGAUCAGGUACUCGGUUCCAAUUGUAAUUCUGGCGUUUCUUUAUUACAAGCAGUUUUGGCCCAGACUGAUGGAGGAGAUUUCUGAGCUCAGAGAGUUUUAUGACCCCGACACUGUGGAGCUAAUGGAGUGGAUUAGAUUGAAAACACCAAAACGGGCAGUGUUUGCCGGCAGUAUGCAGCUGUUGGCAGGGAUAAAGCUGUGUACAGGAAGAGUAUUGACAAACCACCCACACUAUGAGGACCUGGCGCUAAGGGAGAGGACAAGAGAGGUAUAUCAGAUCUACGCACGUCAAUCUGCUGAAGAGGUUCAUAAAAUUCUCAGCUCGGUUGGAGCCGACUACAUCGUGCUCGAAGACAGCAUCUGCUACGAGCGCAGACACAGCCGUGGCUGCAGGCUGAGAGAUCUGCUCGACCUGGCAAACGGACAUAUAAUGGACGGCUCUGGUGAAAACGAGCCGGAUCUGGUCCCAGCGUCCCACCCUCGGUUUUGUGAGGCCAUUAAGACGGACGUGCCUCCGUAUUCAUCCCUCUUCACUCGAGUGUUCAAAAACAAAACCUUUCAUGUGUGCAAACUAAAGAAACCCAAGAAGAAAAAGAAGGCAGACGGUGGGGCGUAGUGCAAACUCUCACAGUCCGUCGUUGCCCAAACCACUGAAUGGCUGUACGGCCCAUCUGGAAUGUGCAGUGGCUGUGUGAUAAUAGCAGGUGUUUGUGUGCGUGUGUGUGCGUGUGGCUGUGUGCAUGAGAGAUCAGAGAGAUGCCUGAUUGAGCCAGCACGCGCUAGAUGAUUUGAUGUGUGUUUGUGUGUGUAAAUCAUGUUCUGAGCCAGUCUGCUGCAACAGGAGUUUAACAUGAAGAGAGUGGAGGAAAAUCUCUUUCGCUACACUCUGUUGAGCUCUCUCUCUCUCUCUCAACAUCAUAUCUCUUUUAACCCUUCCUCUAAACAAACAUUUACGCACAUUCAGUCGCAGUACCAGUAAGGGCACAGGUCACUUAAUAACAUUUCUGUUACAUACUUACCUAUACACUGCAAUAAAUGACUUUCUUACUUAGUAUUUUUGUCUUGUUUUCAGUAGAAAUAUCAUUUUUUUUAAAUCAAGAUAUGUUUUCUUGAUGAGCCAAAUGAC